UUUACUCGUCUGAUUUAGUACUGAAAUCUUUUUAAAAUGGGAACCAUACUACAGUUCAGUUUUGUACUUUUGCUAUUUCAAGUUAUAGCUGUUAGGGCUACUACGGAAAAAAUUGUUUUUUGUUACUGGGGUACAUGGUCCCAUUACCGAAAUGGAAAUGGAAACUACAAAGUAAAUAAUAUUACUUGGCUGGAUACUUGGUUGGAUGAAGAUUUGCAUAAUCUUGCUAAUACUGUGGCAUUGAAACAACAAAACCCUGGCCUUAAAGUGUUAGAGGCUGUGGGUGGUUGGAAUGAAGGUUCAAUAAAAUACUCAACAAUGGCAGAUGAUGCGACAAAACGUUUAAAUUUUAUCAACUCAGCAUUAGCUCUUUUACAUCAGAAUGAUUUUGAUGGAUUAGAUUUAGAUUGGGAAUAUCCAGCGCAGCGCGAUGGAAUCUCUGCAGACCGACAAAAUUUUGUAAUUUUGCUGAAGGAAUUAAAACAAGCGUAAGUAGGGAAUUAUGACUCAAAGGCAUUAUCUACUAAAGUCAAAAAGAAAAUUUAAUUAACUCUAAAGCUUUAAGCCAUUUUCGCAUUAUGUUAUAGAUAUGUGUUUUUAUAAAAACAUCAUCAUAUACUGUCAUACCCUGUCGACUGAUCCUUUUUUCCUGAUCAUUUUUGCGACCUUUAGUUAGUUUUUUUCCGUAAAUUCUUUUUUUAUUUCUUGAUUUAAUAAUGUUAAAGAUAUACCUACACACACCUUACGUGCGGACAUACAUAAUUUCUCUAGUUUAACAGAAGCUUUUUGAUCCAAAUUACUUGGAUCACAAAGAUUUACUUGUAACUUGAUGAGCAGUGAGUGUAUCUCAUGGGGUAUUGAUGUUCUCUGAUAUUCAUUCGACCAAACAAGUAGUCAGUUAUUAUAUCUCCAUUUCGUCUUAAAACACACGACAAUGGUUAACAUUACGUUUACAUAUAUUUAGUGCAAGAUUUUCUGACAAAAC